AUGUCGUGGUCGAAGUCUCGACGAAUUGGAGAACGUGCCUGCAAUACAAAACAUAAUGGCCCAAAGCAGAAAAGAAUCAGUGUGUUCCAUUAUGAGUACCGCGUGUUCCAUUAUGAGAACAACGUGUUCCAUAAUGAGUACAGCGUGUUCCAUUAUAAAUACAGCGUGUUCUAUUAUGAGAACAGCGUGUUCCAUUAUAAAUACAGCGUGUUCCAUUGUGAGAACAGCGUGUUCCAUUAUGAGAACAUCGUGUUUCAUUAUGAGAACAACGUGUUCCAUUAUGAGUACAGCGUGUUCCAUUAUGAGUACAGCAUGUUCCAUUAUGAGUACAGCGUGUUCCAUUAUAAAUACAACAUGUUAUAUUAUGAGAACAGCGUGUUCCAUUAUGAGAACAGCGUGUUCUAUUAUGAGUACAGCAUGUUCCAUUAUGAGUACAGCGUGUUCCAUUAUAAAUACAACAUGUUAUAUUAUGAGAACAGCGUGUUCCAUUAUGAGUACAGCGUGUUCCAUUAUAAAUACAUCGUGUUUCAUUAUGAGAACAUCGUGUUCCAUUAUGAGAACAGCGUGUUCCAUUAUGAUAACAAUGUGUUCUAUUAUGAGUACAGCGUGUUCCAUUAUGAUAACAGCGUGUUCCAUUAUGAAUACAACGUGUUCCAUUAUGAGAACAGCAACAGCGUGUUCCAUUAUGAGUACAGCGUGUUUCAUUAUGAAUACAGCGUGUUCCAUUAUAAGUACAGCGUGUUCCAUUAUGAGAACAGCGUGUUCCAUUAUAAAUACAGCGUGGUCCAUUAUGAGAACAGCGUGUUCCAUUAUGAGAACAUCGUGUUCCAUUAUGAGAACAGCGUGUUCCAUUAUGAGAACAACGUGUUCCAUAAUGAAUACAGCGUGUUCCAUUAUAAAUGCAGCGUGUUCUAUUAUGAGAACAGCGUGUUCCAUUAUACAUACAGCGUGUUCCAUUAUGAGAACAGCGUGUUCCAUUAUAAAUACAGCGUGUUCCAUUAUGAGUACAGCGUGUUUCAUUAUGAAUACAGCGUGUUCCAUUAUGAUAACAGCGUGUUCCAUUAUGAGAACAGCGUGUUCCAUUAUGAUAACAACGUGUUCUAUUAUAAGUACAGCAUGUUCCAUUAUAAAUACAGCAUGUUCCAUAAUGAGAACAGCGUGUUCCAUUAUGAGUACAGUGUGUUCAAUUAUGAGUACAGCGUGUUCUAUUAUAGGAAGGUGUUGUUUCAGGAAACCAUUGGUGUAAGAUACAUGUUGUAG